CAUCUUAGUGCAAUCCGUGCAAUCCCAUCAGAAGCAAUCAUAGGAGCCAUUUGAUUUUAUUCAAGCUCCUCAUGUGACAUUAUUGGUGUUCCUGUAGACUCCCCCAUAAAUUUUCACAAAUUACCCGCAGUUCAAAUUUCAAGUCGUUUUAUCCAUUAUAAUGAGUGAUCCCUUGGUUGAAAAGGCUACGCAAAUUGUGCUGGCAAUGGCUUCCGCACUGUUACUGCACGAUUCCGAAACCGUUCGGGAGCUUUACGAUGGAAUCAAUCAAUCACUGCGCGGUCAACCAAUUUCGGACUCUGCCAUGGAUCGGAUGGAGCAGUCCGGAGUAAUCCAUAUGCAUGACCACAGUUCUGCUCGGCAUGGCGACUCCUCAUCCGAUGACUUCCAAGAUAGUGGAACCGUAUACACGUCGAGUAGUUCCAGCAGACCUUCUCAACCGCGAUCCUAUAGUGCCAGUACCCCAAUGAUCGACCGAUCCAGUCAGCGGAAACCACCCAUAAUACCUUUUGACAUAUACGUCGAUCCCGAUUCCGAAGAUUUCAGUGAAAACCAUGCCGGUUCUCCGAUGGUCGAUCGUACCAGUCAACGGAAACCACCCAACCAAGUCCCGUUCAACAUAUACGUCGAUUCCGAGCCCGACCUUGCCAGUUCCCCGAUGGUCGCUAGGACCAGUCAGCGCCAACCAUCUAAACAGGCCCCGUUCGAAAUAUACGUCGACUCCGAUCCGGAAGAAUCGUACCGUUCGUUCCAAGCCCCACUGGCCCCAGUCCGACUGGCCGACCUGAAAGUUCCCCCUCCGGAAACACCCAGUUUCAAAACACUGCCGUAUGUGUCCCCGGGUCGGCAAUAUCUCACCGUUCCUGAGCCGCAUCACAUGCGAAAUCCCAACCUUAGUGGUGGUCAAUCACCGCGAAGCCCCCGAAGACGUACCGAACCACCAGCGGAUAACCUCGAUGAGUCGAUCAACACACUGGUGCAGAGAAUCCAUCGACAGGCGGAAGUCAUGCUGGCAAGGGAAAGGUCUAUCAGUAGUGGUGGGCGAGGUAGUAACACUCCUCGAAGAGGUUAAAUUAUGCGUUAAAUCCGAAGUGCACUCGUCGUUGCAUCAUACACGUCUCGAUCCGGGAAAAUAAAUUGAAUACAUUUUA